UCCCAGUCAUCUGGACUGUGGUGCUGGAUUCUCUCUAUCAUGGGCGAUCAAGCUACACCACCGGUUACCGGCUACCCAGCUCCCGCCGGCGCGCCGCCGACCAAUUCCAACGGCUACUACUCUAAUCGCCCACCGCCUUCCGGCACCGCCUACGCUUAUGCGGCUCCGCCACCCCGCGCCUACAACUACAAUUAUAAUAACUACAACCCUUACUACCAGCAGCCGGACGCCGAUGCGGUCCGGCGCGCCGUAUUUCUGCGCCGCGUCUUUGCAGUGAUCAUCGCGCUGUUCAUCAUCAUCGGUGUGGUGUUCUUCAUCAUCUGGCUCGUCCUCCGCCCCCGCAUACCCGAGUUCCGCGCCGAUUCGCUGUCGGUUUCCAACUUCAAUCUCUCGAAUAACUUCGUCACUGCGAAUUGGGAGUUUCAGUUCACGGCGCGGAACCCUAAUAAGAAGAUUUCUCUCGAUUAUCAGCACAUUUACGCCGAGAUUUUCUACGACGACGAGUCGCUUGCGGAGACCAGUGUGGCGCCUUUCUAUCAGGAUUCCAGGAAUGAGACCACAUCCAAGGCGGAAUUCGCGGCCAAGGGAGCGUUCGUGGAGGAUUGGGUUGUGGAAAGGAUCAACAAGGAGAGGCCUGACAUUGUGUUCAAGGUUUGGAUGUUGGCUAGGGUGAGUUUCAAAGCCGGAUCCUGGAGGACCCGGAGCCGAUAUCUUAGGGUAUUUUGUGGCGGUUUGACGGUAGGGUUUGCGCGGAACAGCUCUUCCGGUAACCUUGUCGGAGCGCCUAGACAAUGCCGAGCAGGGCUGUAGUUGUGCUGCCUUUUAUUCACUGAGGUGAAUUUUCGUUGCUUCGAUAACUAGGCUAUUCGAAUUUGUAUCUGAUUGAAUUAAUUGCUAGCUAUUAUGUUUAGGACAAGAAAUUUUAUGUGGCUAACAAUGACAAUGAUUGAGUUUGGGCAAAUUAUGGUAUGAUACACUGCCAAACCGAUUGACUUGUAGUGUUAUAUGUUGCCAUGUUGGUGUACAGCUCUUUAGGAUAUGAUCAUGAUUAAUUAUUGAUAACUUGAAUUGGUC